AUGUUGCUCACCGUAUUUGCCUACAUCUCCGAUUCCACUCCGCUCCUUCUUGUCUUCACCGCCCUGGAAAUUAUAUCUGUGGCAGUCAUGAAACAAAAAGCAGAUGCCUUGACGGCAGCAGCGCCCGACCAGGGCAAUCCACCUGACUUGUGGUUUGGUAUUUCAGAGGAUGCCUUACAGAAUUGGCUCGAUGGGAUUGGCGAAGGGGGUCGUCCAUUAUAUCUUGCAUCGAAUGCUUGGGAUCUUACAGUCUAUAUGUGGGCCUACAUGCUAUUAAGUGGUGCCUUGUUGUAUGGUCAGUGUUUGAAAGCAAAUCCGAAAUUGACGCCAUUAUCCUUGAUUUUUGCCUUUGCCAUGAUGGGUGAUUUUAUCGAGACGAUUCUUCUUCGAAAAGCGACCAAUGCAUUUCCAACUCCUCUGGCACCAAUGCUUCUGAAACUAAUGUCACUUGCCAACAUGGCAAAGUGGUCGAUUUUUGUCGUGGGUCUUGUGCCUCUGAUUGGUUUGGCCGUCAAAAAUCGAAUGUCGAAGAAUGAUGAGUCAAUAACAGAAACGGCAAAGACAAAGUAG